CUUAGGUCUGAGCUUUACUUCUCCAUGCGUCUCCUCCUGUGAGACCUGCGUCCACCACGUUUGUCGAGUUUUUAUUUUAUUUUUGAUCGUGCUUUUCUAUAACUAAAUAAUGGCGGGGGAUUCGUCGAAACUUUCCAAGAACCUUCUUCGCAUGAAGUUCAUGCAGCGAUGCAUGGAUGCGGAAACAAAGAAGCAGCUGGAGGAAGAUGAGAGAAGAAUCAUCAGCGAUGAACACUGGUACCUGGACCUGCCAGAGCUCAAGUCCAAAGAGAGUAUCAUUAUCGAGGAAAAGAGUUUUGUUCCAUUUGAAGAUUUGAUGUACGGCCGCAUGUCAUUUAAAGGUUUCAAUCCAGAAGUCGAGAAGCUGAUGAAGGUGAUGAAUCCUGCACGUGAAGAGGAACGGCAGGAAGUUGACGACAUCGGCCGGAUGCAAACUGACGUGACGGAUGAAGAAAUGGCUCUAAGAUACGAGAGUUUAGUGAGCAGCAUGAAGAAGAAGUUUGCCAAGAAACGUGAUCGAGCCACGGAAGAGGACGUCAACCAAAAUGUGCAGACGAAACGAGUAUUUCUGAAGCCUCAAGACUAGAUCGUACGACGCAGUGUUUUUAUGUAAAUAUUUUUAUUUUUUCCCUAAUGUGAAGAUCAUGUGGUGAGAUUCAUUAAAGAGUCUGACUUAAAAAAAAACCUCAACAGAGCAAAAUGUUGUGGCAAACAACACCUUUAUUUUGAAGGUCAGUGCAGACGACGGGACCUACAGUAACUUUGCACACAUGACUCCCUUUAAAGUGAAACAGUCGCAAGGACAAGACAAAGUGCUCGAGACAAAGACAAGCCAGGAAUGAUCUUUCAAAGCGGGGGCUCUGCAGUGGGGAGGGGGGCGCACCACAGUAUUAGGCAAAGUUCUUCUUCAGGAAAUUGAUGAGGCCGUUAGUGGAGGAGUCGUGGGAGGAGACCUCGGAAGCGUCCUGGAGCUCAGGCUCGAUCUUCUUAGCCAGUUGUUUCCCCAGUUCGACACUGUUAAAGAACACAGAACUGACAUCAAGACCACUCACCAACACAUUGACUCAGUCUGCGCAUGUUUCUUACCCCCACUGAUCGUAGCUGUUGACGUCCCACAUGACGCCCUGAACGAAGAUCUUGUGUUCGUACAUUGCUGCAGAAGAGAGAGCCACAAUUUUACAUUGGACUCUCACCAGUAAACACUUGGGAGAUGAAUACUUGAGGCCACUUGUUGUUCCAUUAAUUCAAAUUAUUUGAUAUGUGACCACACACACACACACACACACACACACACACACACACACACACACACACACACACACACACACACACACACACACACACACACACACACACACACACACACACACACACACACACACACACACACACACACACACACACACACACACACACACACACACACACACACACACACGUUUGUAUUGCUAUCCAUGUGGGGGCAUUGUGAGGUUUCUCAUUGCCAUAAUGCUUUCCCCAGUCUCUCACCCUUAACUUAACCCUCCAAAACACAUGGCUCACCUGAACAAGGACUCUGAACCAAACUGAAACCCAAUUAGAAUCACCUCUGUAUUUUGAAGUCUUCAUCCUCAAAUUGAGGUUUGACCUGCGGGGACUGGCAAAAGGUGCCCACAAAGACAUUAAGUCCCCACCAGUAUAGUGAAUUGAAGAGUUGGUCCCCGUGAGGCAGUAUAAACAAGCCCUCACAUACAUACACACACACACGUUUGUCUUCCUAUCUUAGUGAGGACUGUCAGUGACGUACAUUAACAUAACCCUUUCCCCAGCCUCACCCCCUAAACUUGACCAUCUAAAACAAAUGGCUUAACUUAACCUUUACUCUUAGCCAAAGUAAAACCCAAUUAUAAUAACUGAUUAUUUUGUAGUUUUAACCCUCAAAGUGAGGAUCGGCCAAAAUUUCCUCACUUUGCAAAAAUGUCCUCGCUCCGUUCAUUAAAAACUCAUACAAGUUCUCAAAAGAUAGAAGUGCAAGAACACACACACACAAAAACUGCUGAUCAAGGCUGACCCUUGUUUGACCGACUUCUCAAUUGACGACACAUGAAUCGGCAGUUUUUGCUCAAAAGUUCCGCAUGUCACUCACCAAUCAGAGCUCCCAAUAUAAAUGGUGUCAACUUCUUAAACACGAUAGAGUUGCUUGGCUUGUUUCCUUCAAAUACCUAGAAAGACAGAAAAACAAUGUUUGGCAAAGACAUGUUUAAGAAAAUAAAAUACCAAGGUGAAGCCAAAAAAAAAACAUGUUCACCCAGAGCAAAGACUAAAUGAGAAAGAAGGUGGGAUUUGAUCUUAAUUUCUUGGUCAUGAGAAAUGACAGUUUUUUUGUUUUUACUCGGAGUGAAUUGUGUUUUUAAAUGUCACUAUUUUCUGGCUCUUCUCCUGGUCUUACUUUGUGAGGCAGCAGCUUCUCCAGGGCGUCUCCCUCCAGUCCUCCAGCCUCCAGCUCCUUCCGAGCUUCGGCCGAGGUUUUCCCCUUCAUCAGCGCUUCAGUCUGGGCCAGGAAGUUGGCCAUCAGAAUCUACGGAGGAGAAUCAUCGACAACCUCUUAGACACAAUUUGGCAGCAGAGUAAACACAAUUUGCUCCCCUCAAAUUAUGACCAUCACCUUUGGAGAGACUGAUCAUCAGCCAGGCCGAUUAUCGGCCAGUUUAACACAUAUCAAACUUUUUUUUGUUUAAAUCUGACGGCCAACAAGGGAUCAAAACUACUGAUGCAGCUGUGAUUUGUCACUAGCAUUGUCCCAGCAGACUGUAGGGUGACUGUCGGUAACGGUAGUAUUACUUUAUUUAAAUGUCUCUCACUUCUUGAGAGAUGCUGGUGAUCCUUGGGAAAAUACUUGACUGUUUUAUUCACUGUACAGAAAUUAUGGAGCUAUUUAUGAAUUGAAGUUUUCUUUGAGCUCUAUGACAUGCUGUUGAGCCUGGGAGUUGCUCUAACUAAUUUAAAAAUAAAGAUAACUAUUGUAUACAAUAAAAAAAGAAAAGAUAACCUGUUAACAUUUAGCAAAUCUGAAAAAAAGGAUUUAUGAUUUAACAACAGAGUGUUGGGUUUAACGCUAAACAAAUUAUUGACACUGAUAUAUUCAGUUUUACUGCUAACAAAUACAGGCUCCACAUAUCUCAGUGUCAUACAGUGGGCUGGCAUGAUGGAGUCAGGACACUGACCAUCAGUGAUGAAGCUCGCACAAGUAGAGGCUGAACCGCCACUAGAGGGCCUCACCUUGUGAUGGAGGUUGUUUCUGAUUGGAUGCUGCGACUGAGCAGGAAUGAGGAAGUCGGCAGGAAUCAUGCGAGUACCUGCAGGCCGGAACAACCAUGGUUUCACAAGGAGAAAUUGUGCCGCUUAACACUUUUUCAAAAGAAAAAAAAUGUAUAUAUGUUAUUAUAAAUCAAACCUAUUCUUUUUUUUUUUCUAUUGUUUACAACAGGUGGGAAAUUUACAUCAGGACCAGACACAUUUAAAUACAACCAGAAACUGUGCUGCAGGUACUAAAACAAACAAACAAGCAAACAAACAGCAAAAUAUAACUACUCCAAAAAAAAGUUAUGUUAUCACAAUAAUGUAUAAACUACAUGCUCACUGGCAAGUUAUACAUGAUCUAACAAUCCUGAAACGCUAUCUUUUAUUAGUUUUUAUUAGUUAUAAUGGAGCAAAGUUGUGAAUACAAUUGGACUCCUGCAGGAUUCAGUAUUUAGCUCGAGGGACUUGUUAUCAUUCGCUCGACUGUGAAGUGGUAUGUUGAACCAGUCACCUUGGUGGAUGAGUUGGUAGAAGGCGUGCUGGCCGUUGGUCCCUGGUUCUCCCCACACGAUUGGUCCGGUGUGAUAAUUCACACGUCUGCCAUCUCUGCUGAUGUACUUGCCGUUGGACUCCAUGUCGCCCUGGCAACACACACAUUUUGAAACUUUCAUGCACUUAUUCUAUCAGCAUCUCUGUGCAGCUAAAUGCCACUUUUGGUUGUUGAUGUAAAACUUAUCUUGAUACAAAAACUUCUGUGACAGUGAUAUUACCACCUGAGAAACUACUAUA